AUGACGGCGGCGGCGCGGCCCAAGAUCGGCGACAGGGCGACGAGCGACGUGGUGGUGCGGCUGCGGACGCCGGACUCGGGCCGGGACGAGUGGCUCUACUGCCACUCCGGCGUGCUCGCCGCCGGGAGCGCCUACUUCGCCGACCGCCUCUCCGACGCCUGGCCGACGUGCCAGAUCCUCGACUCGCGCUACUGCGUCGAGGUCCACUGCCGCGACGCCGACCUCAGCUCCCACGUCACCGCGCUCCGCCUCCUCUACGCCGCCGACCCCGUCUCCCGCUUCGGCGUCCGCGGCGCGCUCGCCCUGCUCGACGCCGCCGCGCACCUCGCCUGCGCCCGCACCGCCGCCGCCUGCGCCGACUACCUCGAGUCCGCCCCCUGGGACGAGGCCGACGAGGAGGAGAUCCUCGCCGCCGCCCCGCGCCUCGGCGCCCACCGCGCCCGCGUCCUCGCGCGCCUCCGCCCCGCCGAUCCGGGCCCCGCCACCGCCAUCUUCCUCUCCGCGUUCCGCCACGCGACGGCCGCCUCGCGGGAGCUCAAGUCCGCCGCCCAGGAGCAGCUGGAGUACAUGCUCACCGAGGACGACGACGCGCCGCUGCUCACCUUCGGCGCCGGCAGCGACGCCGUCAAGUCUCAGGUGAAGGGAUGCGUCACGGGCCUACUGAACAGGUUCAGCGAUUUCACGGGCUCCGCACUGACGAAACAGACGGAGGCCCCUUGCUCCGGCGAGCUUCAGCAGGAUCUGCACUCCUUCGUCUCCGACAUCGCCUGGGUCUGCCAGGUCCUGGGCAAGCUGGAGAUGAUGAAAUUCCUCGCAGCCUACUGGGUGGAAGCGUCGUCCGCCGUCGUCGCAGCCGUGGAGGCGGCGGCGGCGGCGGAGUGCCACCCGGGGCCUGAAUGUCUGAAGACCAGGCUGAAGGUCGUGGAGAUAUCCGCAAAGGUGCUGGAGGCCGUCGCGUUCGGCAACGUCGUCCUCCCAGCGGAGAAGCGGCGCCACGCCGUGAGCGUCUGGAUCGGCUUCGCCGGGGCAACGAGGCAUCUGGUGGACGAAGCUGACCGCGGCAACGACGACGGUGACGGUAAUAACGGUGAUGGAGACACUGAAGCCGAAGCUGCAUCAGCAUCAGCAGCAGCAGCAGCAAAGGUCGGCCUGGACGGCGAGGUGUGGCAGGGGCUGGAGUCGGCGAUCACCUCGAUCGUGACGACGCUGCCGUCGAACGCCCAGGCCGAGGUGCUGUCGGAGUGGCUUCAGUCGAAGCACGCCGCGUUCCCGGACCUGUCGGAGGCGUUCGACGCCUGGUGCUACAGGUCCAAGGUCGCGCGGAGGAGGCUGUCUUUCCUGACCAGCGCCAAUCCGGCGUCCUGAUCCCCGGCCGGCCGGCCGGCAGGAGAGAUCCGUUGCUGUCGAGAGGAUGCAUACAUACUUGAUGAUGUCCAUCCCCAUGGUCUGGUCUGCAGCCGGCCUCUUCUGAUCAUCAUGGACAGCGCUGAGCAUCUGCCUUUCUUCACCAUCAAAACACCAAUGGACAUGGAAUUCCAUUGCCUUGCUAUAUGGUCAGAUACAUACUCACAUUGCCGGUCGUAGUGAUGGCAAUUGCCGCAAGAUCUCCUUAUGAACUUGCAGUAAGCUCCAUGUAACCGACGGCCUUGGCAUGUGGAAUUGGGGACGCUCAUGUGAUGGUCUGUACUCUGUAGCGCCAACAAGUUUGAUGAUAUUUGUUUGAUCUCCUUGUCAAACUACUGGUUGGUCAUGGCACGAAGAUGGAGCUGGCGCCGGAGCCACCGAAGAACACCGGCAAACACCUAACCUUUGAUGUUUACCGAUUUUUGGCAUUCCAUUCCAUGCUGUGAACUUGUGGGCUUAGCUUGAUUGUUGUCAAAAGGAAACAGCUCAAGGUGUAGAUGUUUUCUUGACCGGCAAUUGUGAACCUGUUGUACUGGUCGCUGUCCGAGUGUCUGAUUUUAACGUCGGUUUUAUUUACUGUGCACAGCAGCGCCCAUGGCCUAAUGGAUAAGGCGUCUGACUUCUAAUCAGGCGAUUGUGGGUUCGAGUCCCACUGGGCGUGCUCCUCUUUUUUUUAUUUUUUUUCGGAUUUGCUAUUUAACAGUCAAGUGUUUUUCAAUUCGUCAUCAUUCAAAUUUGCAUCCAUCCGUUCUCGCGCGGAGAUUCGCGCUGGUUUUCUUUUUUUCUUCGUGCUGGCGCCCUGUUUACUCUGGUUGGCCUUUUUUGCCGGGUUCAGUUUUUCUUUGUCUCAACCCGUAACCGCCCCCGACCCGGCACUGUUGGAUUUUGUCCUGUUCGAAUUUUGGAGCGGGUGUCGUUUCCCCUUUCAUUUGGGUCAUUCUGUUUGGAUAAGGCCGAGGGAGAGAGCUCGAGCGGCGGCGAAGAGGCGAUUCAUGGUGAUUCCGAGCUAUUCCACCGUUCGAUUUUGAUUUCUCCUCCCUUUUCUCUUCGUCCGCCGGCUGCCGAGGUUGGUUCCCCUUGUCUCUCGCGUCCCCCCGUGUAUUUUUGCUGGUGUUGUGGUCUUGUAGUUCCAGAUCUAGGUGAGUUUCGUCGUCGUGGAUUCGUGGAUCAUCUGUUUGUUGUCGUUCAUGGAUCCGUGGUAGGUGCUGCCGUGUUGUUCUAGUCCGCCCUUCGUAGUCUGCCCAAUUUCCCCUCUCCAUUCUGCUCGCCUGUGUUAUCUAGGAGCUUGUAGUUGCAGGUUCUAGGUCUGGUAGAUGGUGGAGGUAGGCGUACUGGUAGUUGCAGCGGUUGACUUCCCUGUCAAUUUUUCUGCUAGCCUGUGGUGUCUGUUCCCUUGCGUUAGAUGAUAGUUGUAGGUGGCUGGUCUGUUCCCUCCUUGUCUGAAUUUCAUGCUUCUACUAGAUCAUCGAUGGCGCGCGUUGCCGCACCCGUCCGUUAUGACGAUAGAAUUAUAGGAAUUUAAAUAUAUGAAGGGAAUAAAUAAAUAAAUGUUAGAAUCAAAUGUGAGCACAAAUCUAAAGCAGAAGGGUGUGCCAAAUAAUAUUUCAACUAAUCAUGCUAAGAUAAUAAUAAUGACAUAGCAUCCUAAUUGUUUACUAAAAUGUUGUUGCGGAUAAUGCUUUUCACAAAGAGAUCUGAACUGAUCUUUCUUUCAUAACCUCCAUACUUUGAUUCAAAUGUGUGUUUUGAACUUCAGGAUGAUUUUUCGAGGCAGAUAGAUUAACCAGACAGAGCAAAAGAACCAAACCAAGUAAAACUGAGAAGCCUUGUUGCCUGGGAAGAAGCUAAAUCUUGAGAUGAAAUUCAUCAGAAAGAACAAGUUGUAAUAGUGUACAAAAACCAAAAUAUCCUUCUUAGAUUACAGUACACCACUCUUGAUGCCAUCGUUCACUUAAGGAAUGCAGCUGUACAUACAUCCAGGCGUGCUGAAGGCAUGCAUAGAAGUAUUGCGUAUAAAAGGAUCUUCAUUUGGCACCACUAAAAAGGGAAAGAAAUCUCAUGGCACAACAUGAUUAAAUAAUCAAAUUUCCCCUUUUUUGCGAGCAAGGCAAUUAGAGAAAGCUUUCUGCACAACACAAGAAUGUAGGUGAUAAGUAGCAUGAUGUAAUAGUUCCUAUGCAUUACUGUAGCACAUUUUAGGAAAUAGAUAAUUUAUAUAGUUGAGCACACAAAAUGAAAAUAAACAAUGGAAAUGGACGAAAGAACAUUAUUUAAUCAGUGAUAUAUCUGGAUAGCAAUUACCAAUCUCAGCAUAUGCUUUAAUGAAGUCGCACUGACACUCGUAUGCUUAGUGCAUUUUUAAUGCAACCGGUGCAAUAUAUCCCUGACUAAUUGAUGAAAUAUUUAGUAAAUGUGAAAAAUCAUGUGGAUUGCUACAAUACAUUUGUGUUGUGAGCAUUCACCAUAUAUUUGAUCUAAGAAGAUACAAUGGCUUCUAUGCUUUCCUCAAAUUAUUGAAGUGACAUGAUAGUAGGCAUGCUCUAAACUUUGUGGAGUCCAAGAGAGAGAGUGAGAGAGAGAGGGAGGGAGAGAGAAUGUGUUUGUGUGUCUGCUUAGCAACGUAACAAUCUACACUAACAUAACCACAGAGGCUAAUGUGAUGACACUAUUUGUUCCAAUAAUAAAUCAUAGAAGUCUAGAGAAUUAAUUUAUAUUGUACUUCCUCAGAGACCAUAGUUAAAUGACAUGUUUCAUUUAGAAAGGGCCAAAGACAUCAUAAAAAUUCUAAUUUGUUGCCAGCCAAGGGUGGAAUGCAAUGAAACAAAAACUUGCCAUAUUCCUGUGGACAGGUAUUUACUAACCAAAGGGAAUGUUAUGAAACAAAGACCAAAGUGUGGCCCAUAUUCAUCCUCUUGUUCCACAGAAGUUAACAAUUUAUUAUGCGUACAAUGGAAAAUUACACACAUUCUAAAUUAGCAUUACUAUUUGGUCAAGAAUAUUGAACAUCAUUUCUAGAAAUUAUGCUUUACCUUUCCUAAAACCAAAGGGGCAACAUAUAAGUAAUCAAUGAUACCUUACUUGUGGACAAUAAAAAUCUGCAAUUGGAAGUUUGCAUUAAUUAUACAUGAAUAUAGUUGCAAUCCUCUCAUGCUGCUAUAUAGCUCCUUCACAAAAAACUGUUGAAACGUUUGGAAGUAAGAACAAAUUAAGAAAAAAAAAAGGUGAAAAAUGAAAGCUGAAGCAGUAAGUAUUCAUUGAAAAUACAAAUUGCAAGGCGGUGGAGUUAUUUAGCCCUAGCCCUAAAGAAAAACAGGUGAAUUAAUUAGCAUAUACUCAUACUGCCCUGAAAGUACAUAUAUAAGAUGAAAAAGGUUAAAUCUCAUCAGCCUACAAUAGUUGCAAACUCAAAGUUGGGUGUACUAUCAAGUAAUCCAAAGGACACAGUAGAAGGCACUCACUUGGCUCCUUAUAUCCUCAGCAAUAAAGAUCAAAUGUUGCAAACUUCAGUAACCAUUCCAUCUGAUCGGUUAUUGCAAGCAUAAUUUCUUAUCACAAAGAGCCGAUAUGCAACGAAGGAAGGUUUUCAAUAAACUAUACAUCAGUUCGGUCAUAACCAGUGGCAGCAAGCACACCUGCAAUGAGCAGCAAGCUAAGAAAUGCUGACAAGAUAAUCGAUUUACAAACUAUAUAGUCAUGAGAUGCAAAUCCUGUAUUAACCUUGUGAAGAAACACUGACUACAUAACCGAUUUGUCAUAGAACAAUGAGGCAGGCCCGCAGGAUGUAUUCUUUGGAUGUACGAUCUAAAAUUUUGCAAGGCAACUCCAAAACAGAUGACACAGUGAAAUACAUCUACUAAUCAAAACUACCAAUUACCAGAUGGUGACCUGGACGUCAGGGUCGGAACCAGCGCCCUUCUUGAUCUCUCUGCAAGCAUCACAACAUGUUCCCAAGGUCGAGUAGUACCUGCAAAUAAACAGAAAAUGGAGCAAUCAGAUCAAUGAGCUAAGCUAGGCAAAAGAAGAGAAUCCUGACUCCGAGCUGGGGCUAGUGUGGCGGCACCGAAACAAAGCAUAAAGCUCUAAUUUAAAAGGAGCCUGAGAAUAUUGACCACGGAAUAAAUUGAAACAGAGAUUAGGGAUCAACCUAACCUACUCAAAAGUGACGUUGAGGUGCAAGUACUGAACAUGUGGAACGGGAGGCUUCAGUACAUCACUCCGAUCUCCACACCGGUUGCUGCAUCCAUUUUGUCUCCUCAAGAGCAGAAGUUCAACAAUUUUUGGGACAAGCCAGAUGAUGUGGCGGACAGCAACACCCCUCCUCCUCUACAUUGCUGGAGGUGGCAACCUCCCAGGCACCCCUUCUUCCAGUAACCUCGUUUGUCCACCAACGCAGCAAAUUAAAUGGUACAGAAAAGCACCAGAAAAGACGAAUAACACGUCCAGUGCACAAGCACAACACAUAGAUCAAAGAUGAAUACUGAAAUCGUUCACGGCUGAAAUACAUAUUCAGAAACUUAGCCAUGAAAGAUUUAAAAGUACAGCAUACCCGCAGAGAUCGAAUCCAGUGCGGAAAGAUAUGAGCUGCAGAAGAGUAAUCACGAGACGGCGGCCGCAUGGGAGUGGAGGCGCCCGCCUUAUCGCGUGAAUCCAACACGCUGAGCGGCCGAGGUGUUCAUGCUGGCCGGUGAACCUUUCGCGACUCCGAGCUGGGGCUCGGGCGGCAGCGCCGCCGGUCGCGGUUGCGCUUGUCGCGACGGUCAUCCCUCCCAUCGUCAGAUGCCUUAGGACACUUCCGCCGGCGGUCGUCCUCCUUCUCGUCGUCAGAAGCCCUAGAUCGCCUCGUCCGGCGGCCGUCCUCCUCCUCCCCGUCGGAACCAUAGCGUGCGAGCGCGGGGGGUCGUCGACCUUACUGGGCUUGGGGACCCCGUUGUCUUCCGAGGGCUUGGGGUCGUGGCGGGGCCGUCGGUCCGGGUCGGGCGGGGAAGGAGGUGGUGGCGAUCCGGCGCUCCACUGGAGGGCAGCGGCAUGCCCAAUGGCGUCCCAGGGCCGGAAGGCUGCGGCGAGCCUAGGAAGCUGACGCGCCACCGUGUCCCAUCCGGCCAUCCCCAUUGUCGUCUGCAAGGAAGGCGGAGAGGCUCAAGAGGAGGCAGGGUCGGGAGGGGUGGGGUGGGGUCAGAUUAUCCAGCGACACACAUCGGACCAAAUGGGCUGUCCUCGCUUGCUUAGAUGGGCUGGCAGCCCAGUUUACCACAGUGCGCCGUUUCAGCCUGUGGAGCAGCUGCCCACAGGACAGUAGGCCCAGUAUCGCAUUAGACAGAGAUCCAACGACCAGAACACUCAGAUCGCCAAAUCAGACGAACGAAAAUGCAAACCGCUGUGAGGGCAGGGAUUAAGUGCGGUUAUACUGUCCUUAAUUACUGUGUGUUUUUACCCCCAGACUUGUAGUGUAUCUCAGAAUUUCAGUGUAUGUUGCAGAACCGAACUGUAGUUUCCCCUACAUUUACAGUGUAAUACUCCCAAUAUUACAGUGUCAUGCUUUUCUAUUUGUACUGGCUGGAGGUAAGCGUACUGGUUGUUGCAGCGGUCGAUUUUCCCGUAUUUUUCUGCCAGUUCCUUUUCCGUUAGAUGAUAGUUGGAGGUGAUCUGGCUUUUUUUUGCGUGAUUAUGCGAUGUAGUUUUUGUAGUUGUAGGUGGCUGCUCAUGAUUUUCCCCUGGUAGCUCAGGUGUGCGUGGUUUCCACUGAAAUUUCCAGUCGAAUUUUAGUUUCCUUUCACUGUAUUAUAAGUGUAUUUUAUAGUCUAAUAUCAGUGUACUUACCUUGUAACUUGCACUGUUAUAUCAGUGUACUAACUUUUGUAACUACACUGUAAUAUCAGUGUAUUUACAGUCUAAUAUCAGUGUACUUACUUUGUUA